GCCAGGCAAGUGGCGCGCUCGAGGCCGCCACUGCAACCCACCGGCAGAGAACCGGCCGCGGGCUUUUUGCUCGAGACGAGACGACCGCGACGGCCCUCUGACAGCAGCGGGACGGCCUGCGAGCGGCACGGUCCAAAGUUCAGGAUUUGAAUCUAAGGUGCUCUCCAGAGCUGCUAAAUGGCCGACGCGGGGCCGCCGCAGGCCGCGGACACGCCCAGCACUUCCCCUGAGGUGGGCCCUGACCCCUUCGACGCGGACGCGCUGCGGAAUCUGCAGCGCUUGCUCGACGACGGGGAAAUCGACGCGGACGAGUUCGAGCGCAAGAAGGCCGAGGCCCUCGGUCUGGCGGAGAAUAUCGCGACCGCGGGAGCGCUCUCGCGGCUGCCGGAGGACAUGCUACAAAACGUGCUCAGCUUCCUCGUCUUGAAACAAGACGGCAUCGCCCAGCGCUUCCUCGAAAACGUGAGGGAGAUGCAACGGGGAGUGUUCGAUUUGCUUGAAUCGACCGACGAUGAUGAAGACAAUGAGAACAGUGAUGAGCAUCUGUCUUUUGCCCUGGAUUUGAUACGUGACGGGGACGUUCGUGUGAGAAAGCUUCUCGAAGAUAUAGAUAGCUAUCAAGCGUGGUGGUCGGUGUGCAAAGAUUUUGGGCGCAUUUUCAGGAAGAUGUACCCCGAUCUGCGAUUAGAUUUAGUCAGUUGCCGCCACCGGGACGAUCACAAAAACUCGCCAAGCCGCGCCGUGAAGCUUAAAUGGUCGAGGUGGAUGGAUGAGUUUAACAAGCUGUGCUAUUUCCUUGGGGAAUUACAAGAAAGGAUAUGUUCAAUGAGUGAUGCAGCAGAAAAUUUCAGAAGUGAGCUCAGCGAGUGGCAGACUCCCCACGUGUGGGUUCUUGAGCUCAUGGCCCCGUUUGACGGCCUCGACUUUUUGUUCCCGCACGAGUGUGACUAAAGUUAAUUGUAACAUUCAAA